AUGCAAAUUGUGCCGGGCGUCCGACCUCCGAUCAUGAAUGGGCCCCUGCACCCCCGGCCCCUGGUGGCCCUGCUCGACGGCCGGGACUGCACGGUGGAGAUGCCCAUCCUGAAGGAUGUCGCCACCGUGGCAUUUUGUGACGCCCAGUCCACACAAGAGAUUCACGAGAAGGUCCUGAAUGAAGCUGUGGGGGCCCUGAUGUACCACACCAUCACUUUAACCAGGGAGGACCUGGAGAAGUUCAAAGCCCUCCGGAUCAUCGUGCGCAUUGGCAGUGGUUUUGAUAACAUCGACAUAAAGUCAGCCGGGGAUUUAGGCAUCGCUGUCUGCAACGUGCCGGCGGCUUCCGUGGAGGAGACUGCGGACUCGACCCUGUGCCACAUCCUGAACCUGUACCGGCGGACCACGUGGCUGCACCAGGCGCUGCGGGAAGGCACUCGAGUCCAGAGUGUGGAGCAGAUCCGGGAAGUGGCUUCCGGUGCCGCCAGGAUCCGCGGGGAGACCUUGGGCAUCAUUGGACUAGGUCGCGUGGGGCAGGCGGUGGCCCUGCGGGCCAAGGCCUUCGGCUUCAACGUGCUGUUCUACGACCCAUACCUGUCGGAUGGUAUUGAACGGGCGCUUGGGCUGCAGCGGGUCAGCACCCUACAGGACCUCCUCUUCCACAGUGACUGCGUGACGCUGCACUGCGGCCUCAACGAGCACAACCAUCACCUCAUCAAUGAUUUCACCGUCAAGCAGAUGAGACAAGGGGCGUUCCUGGUGAACACAGCGCGAGGUGGCUUGGUGGAUGAGAAAGCGCUCGCGCAGGCCCUGAAAGAGGGCCGGAUACGUGGUGCAGCCCUGGACGUGCACGAGUCGGAGCCCUUCAGCUUUAGCCAGGGCCCCCUGAAGGACGCGCCAAACCUGAUAUGCACACCCCACGCGGCCUGGUACAGUGAGCAGGCCUCCAUCGAGAUGCGCGAGGAAGCGGCCCGCGAGAUCCGGAGAGCUAUCACAGGUCGGAUCCCAGACAGCCUGAAGAACUGUGUGAACAAAGACCACCUGACCGCCGCCACCCACUGGGCCAGCAUGGACCCAGCCGUGGUGCACCCUGAGCUCAACGGAGCAGCCUACAGGUACCCGCCAGGCGUGGUAGGCGUGGCUCCCACCGGCAUCCCGGCCGCCGUUGAAGGCAUCGUCCCCAGCGCCAUGUCCCUGUCCCACGGCCUGCCCCCCGUGGCCCAUCCGCCCCACGCCCCUUCUCCUGGCCAAACCGUCAAGCCCGAGGCGGAUAGAGACCCCACUAGUGACCAGUUGUAGCCCAGGCGAGCUGUCUACCCCGAGCCCUGGCGGACGGGCC